AUGGUACACGGUACAGCCAUGCAGCCGCGGAAUAUCGAGGGCCCGCAGCGGUCGGAGGAGGACGGAGAGCGAACACAAUGGCUGAAGCUGGGCGGCUGGACGGUGCUUGGGCUGGCCGCCUUCUGGGCGCUGUGCGUGGUGUCGUGGUGGACUGUGCGAGAUAUCCCGGGCGCGUGGGUUGGAGAAUCGUCAAAAUCUGCUGUGAUGAAAGAGAAGCUGCGGCAGAGGAGGGAUUCGCCAAGCAUCUCGUCCGCUAAGUUAGUAUCCGUAGCGGGGGAAGCGGCCGCGGGCCUGGAGAUGUGGACCUCGUUGGGAGGUGGAGAGAACGUGGCUGUCGUGGGUGCCGGGUUGGUGGCGGAAUUCCAGGAGCUUCAGUAUGACAUGGGCGUUUUGCAGGAGAGCCUCGCCAAGUCGCGAUCGGUGGGCAGCGUGGUCGGGCUCGUGUCGUGGGAUCUAAACAAGGCGCAGGCAUUGCUCAAGGAAGACCAGGCGGUGCUGGUUGAGCAGGGCCGCCAGGUGCACGCGCUCGCCCGCGGAGUCCUCCAAGAACACCAGGAGUAUCAGGGCAGCCGCGAUGAUGUCAGGGCGGACGGGGAGGGCCGGUCUAAGCGGCAAGCUGGCGAAGAGCUGGAGCUGAUGAACAAGCUUACGUACGGGCUGGGGGAGGCUAACGUUCAGGAAAUUUUGGGGAGACUGCAAGAGGUGGAAAGCGAGGUCAACGCUGCCGUGGCCACGCAAGAAGCGGAGGAGAUGGCCGCUCGGUAUGCCGCCGCGGCGGAGGCGACGCGGGAGCAGCGGGGGGGAGGAGGGAGGGGGGGACGGCCAGCCGAGGUCAGCGAUGAAGACAUCGCCCGGGUGGUGGAGGAGGUGGUGCUUUCCGUGGACACGCCUUCCUCCCCGGAUUCCUGCGUCACGGUUGAUCUCGCUCGGAACCUGACCAGGGCUGAGCUGGAGAGGUUUGGUGCGGAUCGAACUGGGAUCCCUGACUACGCCAUGGGACCUGCCGGCGCCCACGUGAUCUCUAGGAUGACCAGUGAAACCUACGAACCGGCGGGCACCAGCAGGUGAAGUCCCGUCCUCUCGCCAAUGGCUCAAAGAGCCCUCCUCAUUACCUACGUUGUUUCCGGUCGCACGAAGGUGUUGCCAGGCCUAUUUCGCGCUUGUCGAAGAUCUGGGCUAGUGUGCGAGUCGUGGGUUCCCCGUUGUUUUCCUCUGCCACUGGAGUCGUUUUGAUCGCCGCCGGUUUUAUCUCGCUCCACACCCUAGUGUUGUCUCUGAAUUGGUUCGUUGGUCUCGCUUUCACCCAUGGCCAUGUCUCAACCCUCUCUCCACUCAGCCGAUGGGAGCCCUGGAAUGGUUUCGCAGCAAGAGGCGAGGGGCCUCCCUCCAAGCUGUUAGCCCUCCACCGGUGGCCAUCAACCCGGAGUCGCGCCUGGGCAGAUGCUGGCCCAUGAAGGGUGAGGCAGGCUGAAACGUUUGGGAGUGGUCGUCGCUGUCGCUGCCGCUCUGCCUCGAGCCUACGCCGGCCUGUGAAGCUUAAGAAGCUUUAGAAGGUUGACCCCUAUCGGUGUGGGACGCAAUUUUUUUGCCUCUCGGCGCCCGUGAUUGUUCUUUGUACCGGUCCUGUGCAUCACAACGGUGGUGAGAGGAGGGUACGCACAAUCAUGCACGCCACAGCAGCAGUUGGUGUGGCCAUCAAGUUGGACUGAGGGGAUCUUGGACUUAACGCAGGGAAUUUUUUUAUGACAUUUUGUGGAGUGUUGAUCGCGUCGGCUCAUGGACAUCCUCUGUGUUUGGCGUUCUGCGAUGCAUUGGUGUUGAUGGCAUUUUGUGGAGUGUUGACGCUUGAUUGCCUCGGCUCAUCGACACCCUU